AUGUUCAACGCUAUACGUACACUCACUCGAGUUCCCUUGACAACAAGACCUCCAUGUGGACGCAUGUUGCACCAAUCGGCUUGUCGACGCACCAUUGACCCGGCUCAUUGGAACAAGACGAGCCUCAUGCGCCUUCGCAAAAGCCAACUUGAAGACCUUGCACGUGAACAUGAGCUUUCGACGGGUGGUACCAAACUUGAAAUUGUGCAGAGACUCUUGCAACAGAGCAGCAGCAAUACGGCUUCAUGGGAAAUGGAUGAUCCUAUCGAGCGUCGCGUUCAAGAUGUGAUUGCUACGCAACGUAGUCAAGCUGAAAAAUCGGAGCCAGGGUCGCGUCCCACCUUUGAGGAUAGCAUGGAAGCUUCUUCUGAUGUCAUUGAUGAGGAACAAGAACACAAAAAGAAGAACACCGCCAAUCAAGAAAUGGAAGCUGGCAAUUGGGUGGAAGCAUUUGAACUAAAGUUGGGUCAUUCUCAUCUUCGACAAAAACCCAAACGAUCCAACAUCUUUUCUUCAGCACCUUCCAAUGUUCGUUCAUCCUCUGCCAUCUCUCAAGCAACUGCUACUGCUGAUGCACCUCUUCAUCCUACCCCACCUGCACCAGCAGUUGCCCUGGACAACAAUGAACCUAUGCCAGAAGAUAUCAAUCAACAUUGGGUCCGUGCAUUCGAACAAAAGGCUACCAGUCAACGAUCUCGACGCCACAUGCUUGGAAAUGACACAUUUGCACCUACGGACAUUGAGCCCAACGUAUUGGAUUUUAUCGACACACAGGAUACUCCAAAGCAACAACCUCAAGAACAACCCUUGAAUGAUCAAGUGGAACAGGAACUUGUGGAUGCCUUGAAAUCUGAUUCGUCUACUACUACUACUCCUUCCACCACUACAACAACAACAACAACUACAUCCAGUGCCACUGCCGACAAUGAAAAGAAGGAGGAUCCAGCUAACAGCAAUGUUGUGAUCACUUCCAUGAUUGGUUCAGGCCUGUUGGUGUGGGUAGCAGGUGGUGAGAAAGGGUUCAAACAUCUUGCUGAUAUCCUUAUGAGCUCUUCCUAG